AGGCAGCACAGUUCCUCAUGGAGAAAAGUGAAAGCCAACGCCCCAAUGAGUGACAAGACAGCUCCUCUACUCUCCUUUGCUUGCCUCGCUCCCCUCGUCCCAACUUUCAAUUACCGAGCAGGGUUUUUUCGUAGCUGCUGUGCUUCUUCCUGACUGACUUCCAUCAAUUUACUUCACCAACACUUGUUUUACUUUUGUCACUCAGCUAGCACGAAGACAAGCGAGCUCGUGUGCGGGACCAAAGGUGCGCCGUGGGACUUCUUCGCUAAAACUUGCGUCGCCUUUGCUUUACUUUCAUUGAAACUACAGUAUUCAGAAUAAGAAUGGCCGAUACGUCAGCGUCCAGCUCUGAUGCCAGCUGCCUGGAGAAGCUGAAAAGUUACGUGAGGACCCAAAAAGGUUGUAUCCUCGCGGCAGAAAUACUCAUCAGCUUCAUCAUCAUCAUCUGCUACGCGGCGUCCCGGUAUGGAGGCUACUCGGCCGUGGCCAUCUGCGAGAUGAUCUUCGCCAUGGUCUUCUUCGGCAUCUUCAUGAUGGAUCUGGACAAGCAGUUCCAGCUGGUCAACUGGAUGUGGAGCGAUCUGUUCCGGGCCGGCAUUGGCGCACUCCUUUACAUCAUCACUUCACUGGUGUGCGUGAUUGGAGGAGCUGGCGACGGCGCUCGCAUCGCAGGCGGGGUUUUUGGCUUGAUUGCCGGUCUGCUGUUCGCCUACGACACAUACACGAUCUUCUUGCAAAUCAAGAGCACUAGGCAGCACACUGCAGCCGCCACCGAUGACAGAGUCUGAGCAUGCCAACGUGCGUGUGCCUCUGUUGGGCAUGCAGCGGAACAACAAGAGGAAGGCAGAAGAGGGGAUGGGACAAAGGACAUUCAAAGGAACAGGUCAAAGUUCAAAUCCGUGUCAACAACUGAUUUUUUUUUUUUUAUGUGCAACCCGCCUUAAUGGAGAAUGACCAUGGCGAUGACGAGGCGACACACAUCUGUGCCCACGCAUCAACUGCGGCAGGAAUGUCCAUUGCAAGCCCAAAACUCAACAUUGUAUCAUCAGCUAUAAAGGGAAACGUAAUUGAUAGGCCGUGCCAAAGGUCGGCCCCAGCUGUCCUCCAGCAACCCGUCUCGUCAAUUUCCACUUUUGUCUACUGUAGUUAGUAGUAGCCAUUUUUAACUGUGUAUGGUUGCCUUAAACAUUAUUUAACAUCAUAAUGACCAGCUUUGUGUGUUUUGAGGUUUUUCCUUUUUUUUUUUUACACGAGUCAUUCAGUCUGUUCAUAAUUGAUGUCCUUUACUGUGUGUCCAAGUGCCUGUAUGGUCAUUUGAGAUUCCACAAUCUGAGACACUUGAAGUCAUCUACCUGCUUGGGUCUAGUAAUUUUUAUUUUAGCCAUUUGAUCUUUUUUAUUUGAACUGCUGACAUCCACUCACCAUAAAAUAUCAUUCUUGUGUG